AUGUCCGAGUAUAUGCCAGAUUUGACAGUGAACGAGACGGAAUACCGUGGGCUGAUUCUUUGUUUCGAUUUGCUCUCGACCUUGGACAUGGGCAGGGGGCGCGUCGUAAUUUGUGGAGACUCGAACUUUAUAAUUCGUCAGAUGCAGGGUGAUAUGGACUGCAAAGCACCAGGACUGCAACUGCUCCGACAGAAGGCAUUGAACCGACUACGUGCGAACAAGUUGGCAAGUGCGGCGCUGCAACGGGAAGAAGGCGAAAUAGUCCCCUCAGAGGACGGUCGCCAGGACUUGAUCACCCUCAACCGACUGGGCGAAAUGCUGAAACCAAAAUUGAUCGAGACAGUCGUCAGCGUAAACGCAAUCACGCGAGCCGCUGAGAGACAACGACACACACUGAAAGCGAUGGAAGAGUCUAUCAUACAGCGCAUACGGUAUCAGAGGAUUAGGCAGGGCGGAUUAGGCAAGCUCAGGAUGAAGAGAAACCUGGACGGGGAAGUGAAUGUCUUGACAGCAGAAUGGACGAAGGCAUGCUCGAAGAUAGCCGCGAAUUACGAAGUAGACGAGAACGGGCUACUCUUCUUUUGCCCCAAGACGCUACAACAAGGCGAAGACCGCGACGGUGUCGUCAGGGUGGUGAUACCCGACAGCCUGCAACGAGACUUCCUUCACCAUUAUCAUGCCAGUCUUGAAGGAGGCCAUCAAGGCGUCGGAAGGACGGAAAGCCAACGGGCCAGGGAGAAGCACCAGGAAACAUCCAGGGUACAUAUCCCUUCCUACCAGGUGAUUUCAAUGGACCACAUUCCGUCGUUGCCGAAGUCAUUCAAAGGAAACACCGAACUGCUGAUUUGGGCCGACUUGUUCACCGGUUACGUAAUAGCCAAGGCUGGUCCGUCAAGAGAGGCGCAGGCAGUGGCUGAGAAUUACGAGGAAUGC